GUUCUCUUUAUAAAAUAUUUUUAAAAGCAUGAAGGAUAGUAAACAAAGUAAUGAAGCCAUAGAGAAAGCCACUUUGUCUACUAUUCAAGCAUUUGAAAUGCUGAAAGAAUUGCAAACAGAUUUAAAGCAGAAAACACGACGAGUCAACGCCAUUAAAGCCAAGGCAAAAGCUACACAAAAAAAGGCAGUCAAAACACAAAAAAAGUUUGAAGAGGAUGCACUGAAACUUCUUGAAGAAAAGAAAGAAUUUCAAUUGAAAAUUAAAGAACUGGAACAUGGAAACGAGCUGCUGAAAUCAAAAAAUGGAGUCAUUGCUACGCAACUUGCCACUCACCAAAAACGUCUUUGCGAAAUGGAUCAACUCAAGAAAGAGUGCUUGGAACUAAAAAAAGACAACAAAGUCUUUCCGAAGCAACUAGCUGAAUUUAGACUUAAAACCAAAGAAUUGAAUCAGCAGAUCGCGAACCGAUGUCUAGAUCUAAAAGCUGCACUAAAAGAAAAAGACAAUUUGGUUGUGACACACCGACUGGAAAUAGAAAAGAAAGAUGAUAUAAUCAAAGCGCAGCAACUAGUAUCAGAGAGUAAAGACGAAUUAAUAGCAAAACAAAAGCAAGAUUUAGAAACCGAAAUCAAAAGAAAAGACGCCUUCCUUGCCAACCAACGACUCGAAUUUGAGGUAGAAAUAAAGAGAAAGGACGAACUAAUCGCCAAGCAACUUUUGGAAAUUGAUCUUAAGAAUGUGGAAUGUUUAAAGUUUAAAAAAAUGUCCAAAAAGUAUAACAAGGCAUUAAAUACUGUGUCACCACAGGCUGUCAAUAAUGUCCAGUUUGUCAAGAAAUUCCCAAUCCUGGAAUCAAGAUGCAAUAGUCUGUUGGAGAAAUUGGACCAGACUGAAAAGGAGCGCGACAUGCUACUAUUAAAACUUAAUCCAGUUAGGGCAAAUUCCUGUACAGGUUCUUCUUACAAGGAUAAACUGGCUAGAAGGGAUGCACUCAUGAUUAAUCAGCUUUCUUCUUCUAAUCAAGCGCGUCACCAACUUCCACAAUUUGUGGCUCGUCAAGCGUCAUAUGUUCCUCCACUUUCGACACUCAAUUACCAGAGCCAAAAAGCUCCUCCUACAUACAUAUCUCAUGGGAUUGUCUCACAAGCAACCCCUCAAGUACCUCCCUCACAUCAAGCUCACAUCUAUACUUCACAACCCACACCUAACCAGACCCAAACAGGCGCCUCAUUAGCUCAUAACCCUGGAUCUUUACCUGUUUAUGCUCGCAAUACUAUUCCGAUAUCACGCAGUUCGGCUUCUAUAAGCCAUGUAUCUGGGUUGCUACCGAAACCCACAUCGUGUACACCUACACCUGUGACAAAUACACCUCUCAGAAACACAUCACCAAUUCCAUUAAAAAACAUUCUUACCUCUAAUAUGGCGCCAGCUUUCAAACCAGUUGUGCCAGUUAAACAUAAUAUACCAUUGUCGGAUGAUCCCACACCUUUGACAAUUACUCCUUCGACACUUUCAAAUACUCCUACGACAUUGGCAUCCAUGCCAAGCACUCCUAGGAUAACUAGCCCGACUCCUGAGUCUUUUGAGAGUACAACUCAUGAGGAUACUGCUAAAAUCACAACCGAAAACCCUUCUUCUUCUAAUAGAAAACGAUCGCUUCUGAACCGUUCCGUUCGAAGCGCACCAGAGCUUCGAUUAUUAGCCCCUGCAUCCGAUAAAAUUAUCUUGCGUGAUCGAAUUGGUCUUGCAGAAAGAAAAAAGCAAAAGAUAGAAAGUUAG